AUAAAAAACGCAACUAGCGCAAUCGAUAACGCAAUCGAUACGAUAUCGAACGCAGUGCAGCGCGCAAUCGAUAUCGAUUGCACAAACCCCUCCAAACCCCUCCCUCAUCGUCUCCCACAAACACCACCACCACCACCACCAUGGAUAUCUCUACACUUUCAAUUACUUCUUCAAGAACUCGAUCAGCAGUUUGGGAGCAUGCUCGACCUGCUCUUGACUGUGAACUUAUUAAAGAUGGUCGGUCUCUUAUUUGGUACGGCAAGUAUUGCCCUGAUUACUCUGCAAGGAGCACAACAACGGCAAAAAACCACCUAAGGUCGAAGCACCCUGAGAACGCGAUCGUACGAGUCGAGGCUGCAGCUGGUCUAGAAGUCGAUAGACAGGAGCUUAUACAAGCCAUUGUGAAGUGUAUUGUGCGGUAUGAUCUCCCCUUUCGCCUAGUCGAGUGGCCAGAAUUCCAUCGCAUUCUCGAAAUCGCAAAUCUAACCCUUACAAAAGAUAAUGGCCUUGUUGUUUCACACCAUUCUUCAGUCUCCAAGGCGAUGAAUCAACUGUACGACUAAGGAUUUGACAAUCUUCGGAAGCAACUUCAGUCGGCCGUGUCGAAAAUCCAUUUUGCAGCCGAUAUCUGGACUUCAUCUAACCGACUUCUUUUCCUCGGCAUCACUAUUUAAGGCCCCGAUCAAACAUCGGUUGUCGCUCCUCUCUUCGAGUCUCUUGGAAUCAGCAAAAACCUCGG